AUGGCAGGGAUAUACGGCCGUUUGGUUGUGCCGGGGAUUGAACGGUCAACCCUAUAUACGUUUGAGAGUCUUUUCGGAUUUGUAUCAAGGGGCAAGGACGGCUAUCCAGGGAGGUGGAAGGUAGAGCGUAUCUUGAAUAGGUUGAACGUCUUGAUAGCAGGCCUCGAGAACCUUAGGAUUGAUAUGUGGUGCAACGAUGCGUUUUUGUCUCCCGAUGCGCCGCCCGGUACGCCACCACACGAUUCGCCUCCGACGCCAGGUUCCGCGGUCUGGUGGGAUAGCCGGCCGCUGGCUGAUGACGGCCAAAAAUGGAUGAAAAUAGCCGAUGACGUGUUCUGUAUUAACCCCAAUACCCAUGCUGUUAACCCGGUCGUAGCGGUGACAUAUUCAAAUCCGACCUCUAGAAUUCCGUUAUUGAUGAAAAUAUGUCCUGACACCCUGGCUGAGAUGGUCCGUACUUCGAUACAGACGGAUAUGAGGCACCGACCCAGACUGCACAUUGACGGCAUUUCCCUAGAUUCUGUUCGUGACGGCAGUCUGACUACCACUUUGAUCCAUGAACUAACCCAUUCAGAUUUUCUCCUUGGUGAUGAUGUGACAGAAGAUAUUGAGGGUAUGGAAUCAGCAUAUGGCUGGGCUGAGGCUGUUUAUAUUGCUCGCGUGAGUGAAAAUGACGCCCUGGAAAAUGCAGACAAUUUUGCACUUUUCGUUCUUGCAAUGUUCCUCUCACUCAACCACUGGGGCACUGGAGUGAGCGAAAAGAUGUUUGACGCGGCACCCUGGGACCUUUCGCCACCAUAA